UUUACUUGCAUUUCUUUUCCUGCAAAACUUCUGCGAGAAGCUUUACUGUGCGUUUCCUGUGCGUGAACUGCAGCAUCAACUGGGGAACUCUAAAUCAAGUCUUUCGAAACCGAGAUCAGGUAAUGUAGACGGAACUCUGAUUUUAAGUUAAUUGAAGUGUCUUUCUCCUUUCUCCCUUUUUGUGAUUGAUUUAGAGUCCUCUGAAGGAAGUUAGGGUUAGAGAUGAGAAGGGUUUUGAAUGUGUAAUGGAGGAGGUUUUUUGUUUUUUUUUUUUUUUAAUGGGUCCUGACUUCAUUCCUCCCCCCUACUUCGUGCAGAGUUUGAGAAAAUGUCUUCAGAAAGGACAGGAAGUGUAGUAGGGAGUGAGGUGAUGCCCCUGGACUAUGGGAGCAUGGACUCAGAGAGUAGUCCGUCUCCAUCUAGUUUGGAGAAGACGGUCGAAGGGGUGAGAGGAGAUGAGGUGGUGGAGGUUGAGGGGGAUGAGGUGGUAGAGGUUAGGGAAAAUAAGGUGGUGGGGGUUGGGGGAGAUAGCAUACCCAUUACCGUAGUAGAAAUAGAUGGUAGAGGAGGGGGAGAGUAUGAUGUGAAUGCGGAGAUAGUGGAGGAGGUGAAGCAGUAUAGGUCUGAGCUAAGGACCAGGGAUAGCUUGGGUCACUUGUUAGAGAAUUACGAGAUCUCUUCGCGAGUGUUAGUUAGGCCAGCUGGGGAAGAGGAGAGGGCGUGCUCUGCUCCUCUGGAUCAUUGGAUGCCCGUAUACUCCCAUUAUUUGUAUGCUGGGCUUAAGUUUCCAAUUCCGGAGUUGCUUGGAGGAAGUAGGAGGGAUAAGGGGUGGUAUUAUUUCACCCCUAGGGUAGCUAAGAAGGAGAGUAGGAUUUUAUUCACUGCGGGUCCUUCAUCCAUUAAGGGAUGGAAGGAAAAAUUCUUUUUUGUGGAUGACACGGAGUGGGGGAAGGGGGAUGCCGAGGUGAGGGCGUUAGCCUCCUGGAAGGCCAAAAGGGCCAACCAGAAUAGGUUUAGUUUAAAUGAGGAUGAGGAGAAAGAAGUGGGGAAGUUGGUGAGGAAGGGGGGAGAUGUGUUGAACAUCAUGGACCUCACCAGCGCGGCAUGCAUAGAGGCUGCUGAGCUCUAUGGGCCAAGCGCUCUGAGUGAAGCUGAAAUAGACCAGUUUUUGAACACUGCUGGAGGAGCGCCCAUCCCCAAGAAGCCAAGGAAGAAGUCAAAGACUUCAACCAAGAAAGUGGAUGAGGGGAGGACUGGGAAGAAGGUAGUGCCCGUGGCUUCAGCUGAGACGGAGGAGGAGGUGCCAGCGCUAAAGAGGAAGGGUUGGGAGGAGAGGAGGGCAUUGCAGAAGAAGCAGAAAGUGGUGGAGGAGGAAGAGGGGAAUGGGGUUCCUAAGUUCGUACCUCAGCCUCCUCUUGUUGAGCUGAACCCUGAGCUCAGAUGGUUGGAGGAGGGGGUUGAGGUACGGGCUCCUGGUAAGGGAAAGGGCCUUGUUUCCCCGGUGGUGCCUCAGAGUAGCCUGUUCGAGGGAAAUAACAUAAUGGGGGCUAGGUGGUUCAUCAACAGCACCUUCCCCGAAGUGGACAAGCGCAACGCUCGGGAGGAAGCUCUGAGGUACGGGGGAGCAUCUGUUGUGAAGCAUGUUCUUGAGCCUCCUCUGCCGGACGAGCAGCAGCCAAGACAGCCACCUCUUCCAGCUGAACAGGAGCCAAUGGAGCCACCUCCUCCAGCAGAGAACUAAUUUUGUUUGUAUUUUUUAUUUUUUGUAAAGACAUUUAAACAGCUUGUAAUAUUUAUUUUAGUUGAAAUGAAAAUUUAUUUAUAAAAUCAUGUGUUUGUUUUGUAUUUGCUUUACAAAGGCAACCGUUUCAGAAAUGAACUAAGGGAAGUAAG